UAAAAUUUUUGAUUUCGAAAAUGCCUAGUGUACUGCUUUAAGUAUCCCGCCAAUUAAGGCAUGCGCCUUAAUGCCAAGUGCAAAACCAUACACAUAUCACUGUUAGCUGCAGCACGCCAAGAAACUCAGCGAGUGCCAAAUUCUGUUAACUUAACAGUCGUUCUGAGCAGUGUGACCAGGUAGUGGAACAUCUGAAAUACGUAAGAAAAGGGAAGAUGUUGGCAUUUUCAAACGAGUAGAGAAAAUUGUAUUGAACGAAGUGUAAAACGUCUACAACGUCGCAAAGUGAAAACUUUUGAUUUUGAAAAGUCGCUGCUGCAUACUAAUAAAAAACUCUAACAUGAAUGAGGAAUAUGAUGCGAUAGUUCUGGGAACUGGCCUGAAGGAGUGCAUAUUGAGCGGCAUGCUCUCAGUUUCGGGCAAGAAAGUUCUGCAUAUUGAUCGCAACAAAUACUAUGGCGGCGAGUCGGCCUCCAUUACGCCGCUGGAGGAGCUGUUCCAACGGUAUGGAUUGGAGCCGCCAGGCGAGAAAUUUGGGCGUGGUCGUGACUGGAACGUAGACUUGAUUCCUAAGUUUCUGAUGGCUAAUGGCCAAUUAGUAAAACUUCUGAUACACACGGGCGUUACCCGUUAUCUGGAGUUCAAGUCUAUUGAGGGCAGUUACGUUUACAAGGGUGGAAAAAUUGCCAAAGUGCCGGUGGAUCAAAAAGAGGCCCUGGCAUCUGAUCUCAUGGGUAUGUUUGAAAAGCGGCGCUUCCGCAACUUCCUGAUCUAUGUGCAGGACUUCAGAGAGGAUGACCCAAAGACCUGGAAGGACUUUGAUCCAACUAAAGCCAACAUGCAGGGCUUGUACGACAAGUUCGGGCUUGACAAGAACACGCAGGACUUUACAGGCCAUGCCCUGGCGCUGUUCCGUGAUGACGAGUAUUUGAACGAGCCGGCUGUUAACACCAUACGACGAAUCAAACUAUAUUCGGACUCGCUCGCGCGAUAUGGCAAAUCGCCAUAUCUAUACCCUAUGUACGGCCUGGGAGAGCUGCCGCAGGGCUUUGCUCGCCUCUCGGCUAUCUAUGGCGGCACUUACAUGCUAGACAAGCCGAUUGACGAGAUUGUUCUGGGUGAAGGCGGCAAGGUGGUGGGUGUCCGCUCAGGCGAUGAAAUUGCCAAAUGCAAGCAGGUGUACUGUGACCCCAGCUACGUGCCCGACAAGGUGCGCAAACGUGGCAAGGUUAUACGAUGCAUUUGCAUCUUGGACCAUCCGGUGGCAAGCACUAAGGAUGGCCUCUCCACUCAAAUCAUCAUUCCACAAAAGCAAGUUGGUCGCAAAUCGGACAUUUAUGUAUCGCUGGUCAGCUCCACUCACCAGGUGGCAGCCAAGGGUUGGUUUGUGGGCAUGGUCUCGACUACAGUAGAGACCGAGAAUCCCGAGGUGGAAAUCAAGCCUGGACUGGAUUUGCUGGAACCGAUUGCACAAAAAUUUGUCACCAUUUCUGAUUAUUUGGAGCCAAUAGACAAUGGGCUCGACUCACAGAUCUUCAUCUCGGAAUCGUAUGAUGCCACUACACACUUUGAGACCACUUGCUUGGAUGUUCUAAACAUUUUCAAGCGCGGAACUGGCGAGACGUUUGACUUCUCCAAAAUUAAACAUGAGCUCGGCGAUGAGGAUCAGUAAAUAGAUAUGGUUUGGUUCUUUGGUGGAUGGGUGCACGUUUUCAGCCGACAUGGGUCACGCCGACAAGGUAUCUAUCAGCUCCACAACUCCAACCAGCAUCUUUUAACCUAAUUCCAGCUACGCUGUGCGGCUGUGGCCCACAAAAAAAGAAGAAAAAUAAAACAAAAGAAACGAAUACCCAAUAAAAAACUUGAAAAAUUUAAUAACUAAAAAAACAUCAGCACACAAUUACAUUAUAACUGGAAUAUGUUUUUCCAUCAGAUCAUAGGCGCAUAAUAUUUUUGUGUAAAACGAAAUUUUAGAAAUGUAAUAAAAAAAAAGAACAAAGUCGCUUGCUUGUCGGAUAUUGGAUAUGCCUAGAAAAUAAAAACCACGUACGUUAUAAUCAAA